CCUAGCGACCUCCCCAUACUGUUAGCGGCUGCAAGGUCGCCUUUUUUUAUUCCACAGAAAAGAGACAACGUUUGAAGCACAGUUGAACGAAAGCUCAAGCCUCGCCUGUAAGAGGUCACAUUUCGCCGACCCAAAGACUAAACUACUUUUCAAAUGAUGGUUAGCCGUAACGAUGCCGUUCAUCGUGACCCAUUUGGACUUUCUGGACCUCAAGAAAUGGCCCCCGGGAUUCAAUUACAACACCAUGUUCCUUUGAUCAUUCCAGACUUCUCCGAGUAAAGUCUCAGACCGCCUUCAUCCGGCUCGGAUGAAACAACAAGCGGGGACUUAAGAACGACAUCGGGCAAAGCCAACCAUGACGAGGAUUUCACUAUUCAGCAUUGUUUACGGCCUGGCUCUCCUUGUGGGCCUCGUCGUGCCUGCGGUCCGCUGCCAAACGUUCUGCCCUCGACAAGCCUCACUCCAGUGGCAGAGUCCGCCCCGCGCCGUCUCGCUCAAUUUGACGCUGACGGAGAACAUUUGCAUGGACCGGGGCCAGUGUUGGGACACUCCCGUGGCCCCGCCGGCUCUCACCGCCCAGCGACCCCUCGCCUACCCGCAGAUCUGCCCCCUUCAGCUGCAGCACGGAGACACACUGCUGCUGUCCGCCGACCAGACCCUGCGGUCGUACGGCGUGCGGCUGGCCGACGUCUCGGAGGACGGCUUCGAGAGCUGCUCCGCCGAGGGGCCGCGGCGGGGGGCGGAGGGGGCGCUCUUCGGUCGCGGUACGAUCGGGAGCGCGCCGGCGUACUCCGUCGGGCGCCUGGUCCCGGGCCUUCACUACUUCGUCGCGGCGACGCACGAGGGCGACGGGCAGCAGCUCUGCCAGCUGGGCCUCAGGCUCAACGUGUCCGUGAGGCGACAACUUUGUCAGAGUUCCCCGCUCGUUCGCCUUUGCUCCGGGAACGGUAUUUGUCAAGCCGGCCCCGGGGACGAGGCGUACCGCUGUCAGUGCCACCAGCACUACACCGGGAAGCUGUGCCAGAAGUUUGACGCGUGUUUGAACAACCCGUGUGGAAACAAAGGCGUUUGUUUGAGCGAUGGAUCCGGCGAUGCAGACCACAGAACAUAUAAAUGCUUGUGUCCUCCACAUUUUACAGGGGUGAACUGCUCCGAAGUCAUUGGAAGGGAAAACUGUGAGAGAGUCUGUCCAAAGGCAUCAUGUGUUCAAGUGUCACCCGUGUCCUUCAAGUGCAUCUGUGAGACGGGCUUCUCCGGUCCGGCCUGCGAGAGGAGGAACCUAGCCUGCGAUUCCGACCCGUGCGUGAACGGCGGGACGUGCGAGCUCGACGGCGACUCCUUCUCCUGUCGCUGCCUGGACGGCUUCAGCGGGCCCACGUGCGCCGUGAACUGCCUGACGUUCGGUUGUCGGACGCCGGACGUCUGCGCCAACGCCUCGGAGUGUGCGUGUGCAGAAGGCGCCCAGGACCCAGUGUGUGGCGGGCGGGCCGGGCCGUGCCUCCCGUCACCGUGCCUGAACAACGGCAGCUGCGUUUCCCGCGGAGAUGAUUACGACUGCAGAUGUCUUGAAGGCUUUGCUGGGAAGAACUGUGAAGAACUAAUCGACUACUGCGGGCAGCUCAAUAUCAACUGCCCGAAUGAGGGAUUGUGUUUGAGUAUAAUUGGCGGCUACAAGUGUGUGUGCGCCCCCGGCUGGACCGGGGAGUUCUGCCAGCACGUGGGCGACGCCUGUAACACGCACCCGCAGAGAUGUGUGAACGGAGCCACCUGCGUCACCACCGGCCCGCUGACCCCACCCCAGCUCAUCUCCUGCAUCUGCCCUCUGGGCUUCACAGGACGCCACUGUGAGACGCAGACGGACGAGUGUGAGUCCGGCCCCUGUCAGCACCGCGGGACGUGCGUGGCCCUGGGGGGAGACUACCGCUGCCAGUGUCCCAAGGGUUACCAUGGUAAGGCCUGUGAGCUUGAUAUGGACGCCUGCCUGCUGCCCGGGAACACAUGCCCACCGCAGACCCAGUGUUUGGACCUUCCAGAUGGGCUGAAUUACACCUGCCGCACGCCUUGCCCUCCAAAUUUACAGCCCUGCGCUCACGGAGGACGAUGCUACCUGGACGGUGGCGGCGGCGGCGGCGGCGGCGGCUACACGUGCAGCUGCGCACCUGGCUGGACCGGGCCCAACUGCCGCAUAAACACCAACGACUGCGCUCAGCACCGGUGUCUUAACGGAGCCACGUGCGUGGGCGGGGCUAACGGGUACAGCUGCACCUGCCCCGGGGGGUUCAGCGGGCCCUACUGCGAGGCGGGCGUGGUGGACCACUGCGUGGGUCACCCCUGCUCGCCACACGGCGUCUGCGUGGACCAGGGGCCCGACUUCACCUGCCGCUGCGCGCCGGGGUUCCAGGGGCCGCUGUGCGAGGUCCGGGUGGACGGGUGCGGCACGGGGCCGUGUGCGGACGGGGCCACCUGCGUGGACCUGGUCGGGGGUUAUCGAUGCGUCUGCCCCCCCGGGUAUGAAGGAAGGACCUGCUCCGAGGACGUAGGCGACUGCUGGUCUCGGCCGUGUGCCAACGGAGGGUCCUGUGUGGAUCUGGUUGAUGGUUACAACUGUACCUGUCCUCUUGGUUUCGGAGGGAACGAUUGCUCUGUGGACGCGGACCCGUGCUCUGCUGGAGUGUGCAGCGACCACACGCUUCACUGCGCCGAGGCCUCUGACGGGCGAAGCGUCAGUUGUCAAUGUGAAAGAGGUUUCGGAGGGCCGCUCUGUGACGUGGAUCUGAACGAGUGUGCGUCACACCCCUGCCUCAACCGGGGGACGUGCGUGGAUGGGGCUGACCUUUAUCAGUGCUUCUGUCCAGAUGGCUUUGAGGGGCUGAAUUGUGAAAUAGAUCGUGAUGAAUGUGGCCACGGACACUGCACCAAUAAUUCUACAUGUAUUGACCUGGUUGCAGACUACGAAUGCAUAUGCCCUUUGGGAUUCACCGAUAAAAACUGCUCGACACCCGUCAGAGCCUGCGUCUCAGAUGAAACGCCGUGCCGGAAUGGGGGAACCUGCUACCAGUCCACCACUGGAGAACUUGGCUGUGUUUGCGCCCCAGGUUUAACGGGUCACUUUUGCGAGGUUAACAUGGAUGACUGCGAUACGAAUCCAUGCGGCGUCCUCAGCAUAUGUCAGCAGACCCUGGAAGGCUACAGCUGCUACUGUGCACCUGGUUUCAUAGGGAACAAAUGUGAGAUUGAGGUGGAUGAGUGCCUGAGUCUGCCCUGUCACAACGGGGGCUCCUGUAUCGAUGAGCUGAACUCAUUCAGCUGCCAGUGUCCUUCUGGGACCACAGGUGAUUACUGUGAAAUCAACAUAGACGAGUGUGCCUCUUCUCCCUGCCUGCAUCACGGGACGUGUAUCGACUUGGCCCACGGCUUCCACUGCGUCUGUUCGCCCGGCUUCACCGGUGCUGAAUGUGACCUUGACAUUGACGAGUGCUCCUCUUUUCCGUGUAAGAACGGAGGCUCCUGCAUUGACCAGCCUGGUAAUUACCUGUGCCAUUGUGUGGCUCCCUUUAAAGGCCAGACCUGCGAGCUGCGGCCGUGCGAGGCCAGCCAGCCGUGCGAGAACGGCGGCGAAUGCGUGGAGGAGCGCGACGGGGACCUCUUCCCCCUGGGCCUCCGCUGCCGCUGUCGCCGCGGCCUACACGGGGCCCGCUGCGAGACCAACGAGGACGAGUGCCGCUCCAACCCGUGUGUCAACGUCUGCUACGACGCGGCGGACGGGUUUUACUGCCUGUGCAGCCCCGGCUUCGUGGGAUUGCGAUGCGAACACGACGUUGAUGAUUGUGUAAGCAAUCCCUGCAACAACAACUCAUUAUGCAGGGACCUCCACUUGGGCUACGCGUGCGAAUGCCGCGCGGGCUGGGAGGGCCCCCGCUGCCAGCGCGAGGUCGACGAGUGCGCGUCGCAGCCGUGCGCCAACGACGCCACCUGCGUGGACCUGCUCGCCGGCUACAGGUGUGAGUGCGGGCGGGGCUGGGCCGGCCCGAGCUGCGCGCUGGACGUGGACGAGUGUGAAUCGGGGCCCUGCCUCCACGGAGCCUCGUGCCGGCAGGCGCCCGCGCCGGGGGACUUCCUCUGCACCUGCGGCCCCUUCUUCACCGGGCCCCGCUGCGGCGACCCCCGCGACCCCUGCGACCCCGCACACAGCCCCUGCCUGCACGGCUCCGCCUGCCUGCCGCGCCCCGACGGAGGCGCCUCCUGCGGGUGUCCAGCUGGGUACGAGGGGCUCCGGUGUGAGACGGACACAGACGAGUGCCGGGCCGCACCGUGCCGGAACCAGGGCCGCUGUGUGGACGGGGUCAACGGCUACAGCUGUGACUGUAAGAGCGGCUUCUCGGGCCUUCGCUGUGAGCAAGACGUCAAUGAGUGCGCGUCGAACCCCUGCCAUAACGCUGGCGUCUGCCGAAACCUCGUCAACAGGUUUGAGUGUGUGUGUCCCCGAGGCUACUUCGGCACGCUGUGUGACCUGGACGUGGACGAGUGUGUGGCUUCACCUUGCCUGCACGAGGGCAUCUGUAUCAACAAGCCGGGGGGCUUUGAGUGUGUCUGUCUCCCUGGAUACUCAGGAACCUGGUGCGAGCACAACGUUGACGAGUGUGCCUCGGACCCGUGCCGGAACGCGGGCAGGUGUGUGGACGCGGCCGGUCGAUACCUCUGCGUGUGCGCAGAGGGCUUCACGGGCGUUCGCUGUGAGACGGACGUCGACGAGUGCUCUCCGACGCCGUGUCUCCACGGGAGUUGUACGGACGCCAUCAACGACUUCCUGUGCCACUGUGACCCAGGGUGGAGCGGCGAGCGUUGUGAACUGAACACCGAUGAGUGCACCUCGAGCCCCUGUUUGAACGGAGGUUCGUGUGUGGAUCUCCUUAAUAAGUACGCGUGUCUCUGUCUGGACGGCUUCACUGGGAGGAACUGUGAGGCCGACGUGGACGUGUGCAGCCAAGCCUCUUUCGGGGUCUCCUGUGCUUUAACGGGGCUACUUUGCGUGGAUGGCAGAGGAUCAAAUUUCACAUGCAGGCUGGACAUAAAUCCGCUGAUCCUCCCACGUGCAACGUGUGCACGAGGGCAGAAGAUGCACACAAACAUAUUUUUGCUUUCAUUGCGGAGUGAGGUAAAUUCCAACUCCCUCAAAAUGGUUGCUUUCCCCUGCAUCAUUUCCCUCAUGUCAAAUGCCCCUCACCAUAGCAUGUCUCUAAUGUGCCCCAUCUCUCCUACAGACACCCCUAUUCACAUCCCAGCGUUCACGGGGACCUCCUAUCUAAUGCUGGAGCCCCUCGCUUCAUUCCUCCAGCCUCAGGGGCCCGGCGAUGAUCCCCUGGCCCCCGGCCGGGCCAGCGCCGUGGGGCUUUAUCUGACGCUGAAGACCCGGGCCACCCAGGGAACCGUACUCUACACCCAGGAACAGGGUUUGGGAGAUCGCUUCCUUCACGUGUUCCUCGAGGAUGGAAGGGUUGCAGCCCGCCUGGGAUGCGUGGGUGGAGCUGGUGGAGUCACACUAACCACAAGCUCCGACCACAACAUCGACAACAACAGAUGGAUACCUGUCACAGUCAGAUACCAGCUGCCCGUUGGAGGCCCGGGAGGUGUGUGCACAAUAGAACUCGCUGUAGGUAACGCCACAGCCAAACAUCUGGAGGAACGCGUCUCAGAGGCCACAUCCGAGGCGGCCAUGGGACCCGUGUUCCUGGGGGGCCUGCCCCCCCACCAGGGCCCCCACCAGGCCAGGGGGGUCCGGCCGUUGGUGGGCUGCGUCAGAGAGCUCCGGGUCAACGCCCGUCCCGUGUUCCUGCCCCGCGAGGCAACGCUGGGGAGGAACGUCCAGAACUGCGACCCUCCCGCCUGUCAGCACCGUCCGUGUCGUAACGGGGGGACCUGCGUCGGCUGCGACGCGGAGGACUGGUUCUGCGAGUGUCCGCCGCGCUUCACCGGCGAGCUGUGCCAGUUCAGCGCCUGCCAGCGGGACCCCUGCGGACACGGGGCCACCUGCGUCCCCCGGGCCCCCCAGGGGGGGGCCGUGUGCCUGUGUCCCUACGGGAGACGGGGCCUCCUGUGCGACGAAGCCAUCAACAUAACCCGGCCCAGGUUCGGCGGCGGCGGCGCGCUGGGCCACACGUCCUUCCUGGCCUACUCCCCCGUCCCGGGCCUCGGCGCCUUCUACGAGAUCCGGCUGCGCUUCACCCUCGCCGACAACGCCUCGGCCACGAGGGACAACCUGGUGCUGUACUCUGGGCAGAAGGGCCGCGGCGAUGACGGGGAUGAUUUCUUGGUGCUGGGACUGCGGAACGGUCGGGUGGUUCAUAAGUUCAACCUGGGAUCGGGAGUGGGAGCUAUCGUCAGCGAUCGACUCAACAGCCAGCUUCACAUUCACAGCGUGGUGUUCGGGCGGUCUGGGAGAACAGGCUGGCUCAAGGUUGACGGGCAGCGCAACAGAACGGGCUCCAGUGGGGGGGUGCUGGAGGCUCUCAACCUGCCCCCCCAGCUCUACGUGGGCGGCUACAGCGAGUACACCCCCGAGCUGCUGCCUCUGGGGGCGCGCUUCCGCCUGGGCUUCCAAGGAUGCAUAUUUGACAUGCAGUUCCGCACCAAGAGGGACAGGAAGUACCAGAGCCCGGGACGUCCCGCCUUCGGCCGCAGCGUGGGCCAGUGCGGCGUCACCCCCUGUCAGCUGGUCCGCUGCGACCACGGGGGUUCCUGCGUGGACUCGGGUUCCUCGGUGUAUUGCCAGUGUGCGGUGGGAUGGAAAGGAGCCCUCUGCUCGGAGAGGCGCUCUGUGUGUGAUGUGGAGCACAGGCCCCCACCCCGGUGUGCCCGCGGCUCCGCAUGCAUCCCGCUCCCGAGCGGAUACACGUGCCACUGCCCCCUGGGGGCGGCCGGGCUGUACUGCACCGAAGCGAUUGCAAUCAGCGACCCAUUCUUCAGCGGCAACCAGUCGUCGUGGAUGUCGUUCGCCCCGAUGAACCUCCGACACAGGACCGUCAUAGAGCUGCAGUUCCAAACACUGUCACCAGAGGGCGUGCUCGUCUACGUGGCACAGCGUCUCAGCUCCAAAGCCGGAGACUUCCUGUGCGUGUCCUUGACCGCGGGGCUGGUCGAGCUGCGCUACAACCUGGGGGACGCCACCCGCGUGCUGACCGCCGCGCAGCCGGUGGACCUCAGCGGGCGCACCUGGCACACCGUGCGGGCGGGGCGGGUUGGGCGCCGCGGCUUCCUGAGCCUGGACGGGGAGGAGGCGCGGCCUCGGGACGGCGACGCCCCCCCGGGCACCAUGACCACCCUGGACGUGGCCACGGACGUCUUCGUCGGGGGCGUGUCCACGCCGAGCCAGGUGGCCCGGGACGCCACCCGGGACGGGGCCGUCACGGGCUUCACGGGCGGCGUGCGGCAGCUGGCGAUCAACGACCGGGAGCUGCCGCUGACGGAGACGGGCGCGCUGGACGGCGUCAACGUGGGCGACUGGGACGGCACGGCGUGCGGCUACGAGGUGUGCCGCAACGGCGGGAGCUGCCGGGCCACGGAGGAGGGGUCCUUCGCGUGCGCGUGCCCCCCUGCGUGGACGGGCGCCUUGUGCGAGCGGCCCGUGGCGUGCGAGGACCACCUGUGCCGACAGGGCUCCGUGUGCGCCCCCUCCCCCGACGGCGGCGGCGGCGGUCGAGGCUCCUCCCCCUACGUCUGCCUCUGCCCCCUGGGGUGGGGGGGCCGACGCUGCGACCGGCGCCUCGCGGCCAACGCCACGCUGAGGUUCUCGGGGAACUCGUUCCUGCGCUACGCCGACCCGCUGUUCCCGGCCCGGGACGCCCGUCGCACGCGGGUGUCCCUGGAGUUCGCGGCGGGAGACCCCGACGGCGUGCUGCUGUGGGCGGGCGAGGCGGGGGACGAGGGUGGCGGCGCCGACGCCGACGACGACGACUUCCUGGCCGUCGGGCUGGAGGGCGGACGCCUCAAGGUGGCCGUGAACCUCGGGGAGAGGCUGUCGGACCCCGUCGCCGCGGGCAACGCCACGGCGGCGUGCUGCGGGGCGUGGCGCCGGCUGGACGUGGCCCUGGACGGCACGGCGCUGCGGGUGUACCUGGACGGGGCGGCGGUGGCGUCGGAGGACUUGGACCCCUUCCAACGCUACCUGGCCCUGAACCACGGGGGGCGCUUUUACUUUGGAGGCUUCGAGCCGCACCGCAGCGUGGCGGCCGUGACCUCCGGGCUGUUCUCCCGGGGCUUUGUGGGGAACCUGAGGAAUGUUUACCUGUACGAGGACACGGAGCCGCUGGCGUUGGUCCAGGACGGCGAAGGUUUCAACGUGCAGGAAGGCGAUCCGUGAGCCCCAGUGGUCGUGGUGUGAUCCAGAUGUCUCGGACGCCAGCCUUCCGAGUUGCACGUCAUUUCCGGUCUCGGAGCACUUAUAGCGUUCCCGUUCGUCUUUGUGAUUCUGUCAUGAAAUUGGCUAGUCGUUGUUUAUUGUUAGCUACAUUAGCCUCAAACUCAACACAACUUUACGUUGUGUUGCACGCACAGCAAUGCAUCAAUUGGUGUCCGGAAUAAAGUAGCAAUGUAAUCAAGUGUGUAAGAGCAUUUAGAAUCGACAUUAAAAUGACCAACGUGGUACAAAUACAAAGAAAAUAACUGUAGGGCCGAGCUCUCUGAGUGGCCAACGACGUGCGUCGCGACGUAGGUCGCAUUGGUCGCUGUGUGGGUCGCUCGUCUGGCUGCUUUCAGUCACUGUGGUCACUGGCUGGCUCGCUCAAAGUCUAUAUAAUCAGUUGAUUUGCAUGUUAUUAACUUUUUUUUUGCGUCAGUUGAAGUAGGCUACCAGAAAGCCAUGCUCUCUGGCGAAAGCUACCUAAAGCUCUUUAGUGCUAAUAUUGUUUUAAUAUUUUUCUAUUUAAGUACAGUUUAAAUUAUGAAAUCGUUGGUCUAUCAGUAUCAAUAAAAUAUAUUAGUUGUAAUUUGGGGCGUAUUCAAAUAAUGUAUUUUAUAUAUUAUAUAUAGCCUAUUUGUUUUGUUAAAUGUCAUUAAGCCUAAUAACGUAUAUUAUGCACAAAGUUCUUCGUUAUAGAGUGAUAAACAUAAAUAUAAGUGCAAUAAUAUGAAGCCAAUGCCACAGUGUUACAAGCGGUAGUCAUGCUAGGUUAGCAAUCAUGAAGGCCGGUGUUCGAUUCUCUCCACGGAUGGUCAAAGUUUUGCUCUUUUAGUCAAACUUAUUGACGCAAUCGGCCUCUUUCAUUUUAAAAUGUUUGUAUGUUUUAGUAGGAUGGUAUGAUAAUUAUACGACGUAUUGACGGGCUGCGACGCCUGGCUGGUAUCGGCUGGCUGGCUGCGACGACAGCCACGGCUGGCCGCUGUCUGCCGCUGGCCACUGGCCGCUGGCCACUGGCCGCUGGCUGCGGCUGGCAGCCAGCCAUUGUCACCAUGGCUGCUACCAUAACCAAAAGCCUAUAUGUUAUCAGUUAACAUCUCAUUGAACAGAAUAAAUAUACGUGCGUCAGUAUAAUAAAAAAGAAUAAUAUAUACCUAGCUUAGAUAUUGAUAGACCAAUAGGCCUUUUUAUAAUAUAUAUAAAUAAAUAGGCCUAUUGGUUUAUCCAUCUAUAUUUAAUUAAUAUUGAAUUAACUUUGCAAUACAGUGAUGUUUACAAUAUUUAUAUUGAUUACAUUGUAUAGCCUAUUGGUUUGAUAAAUGUCAAAGACUAAUAAAAUAUCCUAUGAAGAAAGUUAUAGUGUAAUAUACUUUGAUAUAAGUGUAACAAAACAAAUAAAAACUCUAAUUCACAGACCCAAUACCGUAAAAAAAAUAGUAAAAAUAAAUAUAUAAUGUGCCACGAAUCAUGAUAGUCAAGUAUUCAAAUGUAUAAACCAAAGAACAAAAUAUGAAAAUUGAAAUUAAAGUUAAAAUUUUCUAAAAAGAAAAGUGUCAAUAAUAAUAGUAGGCUAUAGUUCAAGGUUCAAGGUUCAACUUUAUUGUCCCCGUGGGGAAAUUUGUCUUGGGCACAGUGCAUCAUUGCUUUCUUAACAUAUACAAGAGUACAACAGAACAAAAACACAACCACAGACACAAACACAAUCAGACAAACCAACAUUUUAACAUCGAGAACAUGGGGCUUGAUAGACUUAAACUGCACCUUGCUGUAUUACAUAGAAAUCGACAGUAUGGGGAUCAAGUGCAAGUGUCUACUGCACUAAAACUUAUGGAUAAAGUGCUAUGUGCUAAAGUGCUUAGUUCUAAAGUGCUAUGUGCUAAAGUGCUAUGUGCUAAAGUACUAUGUGCUAAAGUGCUAACCUAUUUAUUGCACAUCAUUCUAUUGCACAUUGUUCUAUUGCACAUAGUAAUAGCAUAAAUGCACAAUUUAAAGGGGGCCAGUGACUAUACAAAUCUAUAGUAUAUAAAAAGUGUGUGUAAAGUGGCUCAAUCAUCAAGUAUGUAUGCUAACUCAGAAUGUUUUGCAGCCAACAGACCAAAAACUAAAACUGUAAUAUACGACAGUGUCACCCCUCAUGUUUCAUUUGAUAAAAACGACAGUGUUACCCCCUAUGUUUUAAUUGAUAAAUAUCGACAGUGUUACCCAUUAUGGUUUUUUUCAUGACGACCAAUAAAAAACAACAGUGUUACCCCUUAUGUUUUUUUUCAUGACGACCAAUAAAAAACAAAAACAUAAGUAACCCUUAGGUUUUUUUUCAUGACGACCAAUAAAAAACAACAGUGUUACCCCUUAUGUUUUUUUUCAUGACGACCAAUAAAAAACAACAGUGUUACCCUUGAUGUUUUUUUUCAUGACGACCAAUAAAAAACAGCAGUGUUAUCCCUUGUGGUUUUUUUCAUGACGACCAAUAAAAAACAACAGUGUUACCCCUUAUGUUUUUUUUCAUGACGACCAAUAAAAAACAACAGUGUUACCCCUUAUGUUUUUUUUCAUGACGACCAAUAAAAAACAACAGUGUUACCCCUUAUGUUUUUCUUCAUGACGACCAAAGAAAAACAACAGUGUUACCCCCUAUGUUUUAUUUGAUAAAUUUUGACAGU